UGACUGCAUAGCCCUCACUGCUCAUAGUGGGGUGCCGGCAGAGCUUGGCUCAGUCUGGCUCGUUCCUGGACCCUGCUGAGCAGCUCUGCGAGGCUUGGAGGUCGAGCAAGGUUUUGGCUGUGCUGUGCUGUGCUGGGUUGUGCCUGGGGCUGCUCGCAGCAUCUCAGUGCCUGACCCCACAGUAUCGCUUCUGUUUCCCGGCCCUGCCUUGUGCAGGCAGCGGGGACUCUACCGAGCGCACCCGCAGCAGUGGAGAGUGAGACACCACUGCUGCAGCUCCAGCGGAGGAGAACAACUCAUCAACCUCAGUUCUCCCUGCCCACUGCAGCAAGAAGAUCAUGGCUGCAGAGGCAUGGACAUGUGCCAUCUGCCGCGAUGUGCGACAGGACGUUGCCUAUGCAAUCCCAUGCCACCACACGUUUUGCCUUGGCUGCAUCCAGCGAUGGGCAAGGCUGAGGGACAGCUGCCCGCUGUGCAGGGCAGCCAUGCAGACCAUCCGGGUCCCUGUGCGGGGAGACAAUCAGUACGUGGAGUGCAUCGUCUCCCCGCCCGCAGUGCCAGUGCCCAUCAGCUUCAGCACCACCACUGCCACUGGCCCUGACAAUGCUGAGGAAUUUCUUCCACCCCCUCCACCACCGUUCCCUGAGCAGGAGGCCGAAGAGCCAGAGAGAGUGGGCGGCCUCCUGCCAGAGGAGUGGGCAGCACUUUUCAGGGAGAGGCAAGACAUUCUCAACCCAGUGCUGCCCUUGAUGGAGCAGCAGCUGUCACACAUCCACGUGCUGCGCUGGUGGCAAAUCAACUGGCUAAAGAGCGUUAUCCUGGCAUUCCUGUGCCAGGUGGGGCUGGACAGGGAUGCCCUGGUGCAACACUUAGAGGGCAUCCUGGGACCCACCACAGGACAGUUCGUUGGCAUCACCACUGAAGCCAUCGUGAGCCAGUGCGGCCAGGUGGCCCGGAGGCUGCUGGGCCUUGAAGACCCCAGUGCCAGCCAGGAGCACGAGGAUGGGCCCGAAGACCCCAGCGCUGCCCAGGAGCACGAGGAUGGCCCUGCGGCCCCGUCUGGUCCUGCUGCCUCUCCUCAGGAGACCACCGCCCCCAGCACCACGCCCUCCGACAGCUCUGCAGGUCCCGACACAGAGGAGCUCCCCGGCACAUCCAGCGGGGCCCUUGCCAGAACUCCUGGCCAGCCAGGUCCCAGGGCAGCCGGCCCCUCUGAGCAGGGCCGCAGCCGCGGCUCCUCCGCUCGCGGCCGGGGCAGGAAGCGUUCAGCUGGGGGGCCCCGGCGCCCCGCGAAGAGGAGGGCCAGCAGCACCCAGCGCGCUCCUCUGCCCUGCAAGAAGCGCCCCCCCCGGCGUCUCUAG